AUGGUCAAAGAGUCGACUCUGAACACAGAUGCCAACAGCCAGAUGCAAGCCAGCCCCACCAAUGAUAGCAGACCGACAUCUCGUCAGGACCGGCCUCUAUUUGUCCAGCCGGUGAUUUCGCGAUCUGGGACCAUCAUCCACGCUGACCAGCUUGAGGAGACGGCACGUGCUCCUGUCGAGCCCAUUGGUAUUCCCAAUGGAAACACCGAUUCACCUGAUCCUUUGGACAGCCCGAAGCCCGAUGUAACCUGGUGGGAAAACAAGAGAAGAGAAGAGGCAGAGCGUGCCCUGCACCAUCCAGCGACUCCAAGCCCCUCAUCUUCACAAAACGAAGCCGAGGACACCGGAGCCCCAUCACAGUUGCCAGCUGAACAUGGAGUCAAAGAUGCCGAUCAGCCCAGCUCUUCCCAGGCAACACCUGGCGCGAGUCGCCAAGCCGUGGAGAGCGACGAUGUGACCCAGCCCGCCGAAGAGACACCCGCGAUGCCGCAGUUGGAUAUGGAUCAGGCUUUGUCCAACGAGACAACACGUGGAAGGAGCCAAACAACUGUCGAUGUUAUCGCCGCGGUAACGAAAGCGGCCAGUGUCGUCUCUGACAGCGCAUCCGAGUACGAUUUGUCUACGGCCGACCAUCCGACCGAAACAACCGUUGAAGGUGAAAAACCUCAGGCUUUACAGAAUCUCAAUGUGCCCGAACACGAACACGGUCCCGAGGAGGUGCCGUUGCCAUUGAGCGCUACCGGUGACUCCUUCGACGCGGCAGGGGAUAUGUCCUUCGAGUCGGCGCAUGAGCAGCCUGUCAGACUAGCAUCUGCUAUCUCCGAUCAUAGGCGGUCUCAUGCCGGCGAGCACAUCUCUUUUGCUGCCGAUGAAGAACAAGAGAACACUCACAAUGCUUCUUUUGAGCUCACCGAGGCCAGUGUUACUCCCGAACAUCACGGCUCCAAACUCUCCGUCAACGGGGACGCCGCUUCCUCCGUCUCAUCGUACCACAAUCAGCCGAGUAUUGAGUACCGCACGACAUCAGACGAGCCGCCCGCAGUUGGAGUUCCAGAAGGUAUGGACGACUCUUGUUCCUUGACUGAUACCUCCGAGUAUUGCCAACACGAGGAGGUCUCUGACAGGCACCACCCACACCGCCCUCCGCUCGUCCAUUCAGAGUCGUACACGGGAGAUGAGGGGGAUGAUGUCGAUGUUGACAUUCCGCUGCAACGAGUGCCUUCCCACCAACCGCCUAGAGAAGAGUUCGGGCAUGAGGAGGUUGAAAACGAUCAACAUGCCGUCUCCGACCAUGAAACAGACGUAUGUCAUGCUCUAGCGCCGGUCUCACAGGAACAAGAGCUGGAUGAACACCCACACACCCCAUCUCUCCAGGUAAUCCGCGAGGAUGAGGUCCUAGAGUCUACCGUCGAGGAAACGGUGGCUCCAGAACCACAGCAGCAUGGAGCUGUAGGCCUUGGGACCGAAGACAGCGCUCACGCAGAAAAGUCCAUUGUGGAACAUGACUCCCACCACGGCAGCGAGCUCGGUCAUGACGAAGACGUGCCAGCGCUGUCAUCUUCCUCUGACCAUGGUGACCAUACCCAUUCCUCCUACGACGACGGCUCACACCUUGAAGACGACUACGCCCAACCCGAACCCAUCACGCCUAACCCCCUCAUCCUGCAGCCCUUUCGGACCGGCGACGGCGGCGAUCGAGGAUCGCCUGUUCGUGACCGAGACGUACCGAAGCUCCCGGAUGACGUCGGUCGACACGGAGAGGGAGAUGCUGAGCCCGGUGUCAGUGGUGCUGGAGGACAACCUGGUGAUCAGGCCCAUCUCGGAGUACUUCGAGACGAUGGCUAUGUGGGAGGGGGAGCAGCGGAAGGAGCGGAGGAGAAGGCCGAGGAGUCAUUAGUUCCUGGGGCAGAGCAUGUCAGUGACGCUGCUCUACCGCCGGCCGGGCUGCAGAACGAAGAGGCUGCGGACGACCAGCUGCGUCGUGCUAGUCAAGUGUCGAAUGAGUCGGUUGAGAUGGACGCUGCGUAUACGACUACAGUGAAUGGGGAGGGCGAGCUGUUUGAUGAUGAUGAUGACGAUGACGAUGACGAUGAUGAGGGUGAUGCGGAAAGCGAUGUCAGUGACAUUGAGGAUGCUUAUCUCAAUGAGGAGGGUGUUGUCGAUGCUGUCGUUGCGGCAAUGGGACCUGAGCCUGAAGAUCAAGAGCACACUGAAAAGGAUGCUGCCGCAGUGAAGACCUCAGUGGAUGAGGUUGCUGAGGCGCCUACCGAGGUACCUGCUGAGGCACCUGCUGAGCUUCAAGCUAUUGUUGCAGCUGAUGCUCCAGUUCAUACUUCAACUGAUAUUCCCCUUGAUACCGUCCUCGACCGUCCAGUUGGGCCAACUGUCGAAAUGCCAGAACCAAUGGCAGCACAGGUUGAGGCUGGGGCUCACAUCCAGGUACCAGACGAGACGCCAUUCGCGACACCAAUGGAAGUGCCAGGUCAAGCUGAGCCUAAGGCCCAGGUGCUAAAUACCAUGGGAGAUUCGGACGGCACACCCGCUGUCUCGGCUACCGUCCCACCAGUUGAGACUCCAGAGCCAGAUCAUCCCCGGACAAGCCCCAACUGGGUCAACGAGGCUGACGACUACUUUGCUGAACUGGAUCAAAGACAAGAGACACCUAGACUUCAGUUCUUUGAGCAACAGCGAACCGAUGUAAAAACUUCCUUAGCAUCAGAUUCACAGACAGCCAGCCAAGGACUCUCAGCCAGCAUUCACAAUCCUGAUCGCCCUCAAACACCCGACCAAGACACAGAGCUUGCUUACCAGGAACACCGAUCAACACAUCUCCAUAGCCAAGAGAAACAACAAUCUUCGCCGCAGUCCGUCCGCAGCCAAAGCACCAUCGAUUCUGCGCCUCCAUCGCCCGAACAACACACCAUGACAGACACCCACGUCCCAGUCAUCCGUGGCCUUGUCUCCACCCAGUCACCCAGCUACCAAACCGGCCGGCCACGGAACAACUCCCAUCUCACCGAGUACGACAAUCACCGCGACGAAUCCGAGGACACCCCAUUAGCUAAAUGGCGGCACCGAGAAUCCACCCUUUCCAUGCCCGACCAACCACCUGUUGCCCCCCUUGAUACCACUCACUCAAGCAAGCACUCCCACGCCAGCAGCGAAUCCGGCGACCAAAAAGGCGGCAGCCUCUUCCAGCGCAUGCGCAACGUAUUUGAGCAACAAUCCCACGCCUCCGACAUCAACACCUCCCGCUCGUCCCACUCUCGCCCCAUCAGCACCGACCGUCACAGCGGAGGGGGAGGCGGCGGGGGCGGUUCUGGACUCUGGGGUUCCGGCGGGCCUCUCUCCGGUCGUUUCGGCAAGUCCUGGUCUUCGUCAUCGAACGAGCACCACCACCACAGGGACUACCACCACUCUCCCUACACCGAGGCGGGGCACUCCCCUGUUCGUGGCACCGAGGGCGAUCAUGAUGCGUUGGACGAACGGAGUGGCUUGUUGGGCGGAAAGGAAGAUCUAAAUUGA